GUGAGCGCGGCCGCCGCUUCCUGCGCCCGCGGCCCGCCCUCUGCUCCCCGCCCUGGGUGGUGCCGCUGCCUCGUCCCCGCUCGCAGGCUCAGGGCGGAGGCGGCCGGCGCUCCCGCAGCAGCCGCCAUGCAGGCCAUCAAGUGUGUGGUGGUGGGCGACGGUGCUGUAGGUAAGACAUGCCUGCUCAUCAGCUACACAACCAAUGCUUUUCCUGGAGAGUACAUACCCACCGUUUUUGACAACUACUCUGCCAAUGUAAUGGUUGAUGGCAAACCGGUCAAUCUGGGUUUAUGGGACACAGCUGGUCAAGAGGACUAUGACAGACUACGUCCACUCUCCUACCCACAAACAGAUGUCUUCUUAAUCUGCUUCUCCCUCGUGAGCCCAGCAUCCUUUGAAAAUGUCCGUGCUAAGUGGUACCCUGAGGUGAGGCACCAUUGUCCCAACACCCCCAUCAUUCUCGUGGGCACCAAACUCGACCUGCGGGAUGACAAGGACACCAUUGAGAAGCUGAAGGAGAAGAAGCUGACUCCCAUCACCUACCCACAGGGCCUUGCUAUGGCCAAAGAGAUCGGCGCAGUGAAAUACCUGGAAUGCUCAGCACUUACGCAGAGAGGCCUCAAGACAGUGUUUGAUGAAGCCAUUCGAGCAGUGCUGUGCCCCCCUCCUGUAAAGAAGAGGAAGAGAAAAUGUCUGCUGCUGUAAACAUCCCCCUCCCCCACCCCAUCAACCCAGUGCUUUGCUCAAACAAUGAAGCAUUCACAUGCCAAGUUUUUCUGUUAUAAAUUAGUUCUCUACCAUAAAUUUUGACAAUUUCAUGGUUUCAUUUGUUUAAAGUAUGAUCGUUACCUUGCAUUCUUCUAAGAGCAAACUCUUGAAAACACACCUAUGUGAAGCCUUAUUUUUAAAAUCCUCUUCUUGCUCAAUUAAGUGUUGCCAAACUUAUCUGCUGAACUAAGUUGCUUUGUUGUGCUACGAACACUAAGCACUAAACCGUUUUUUAAAGAUUCUUCUUGAAAAUGACUCUAAUUUCUGGUAGGAGAUGCGAAAUCUUUCUAGUUUUUCACAGUAACAGUACCGGGACCGAGCAGAGCACUGCGCUCGGCCGUGUUUUGUUAUUCCAUGUUUUCUCAGUGCAGCCGUUGCCUGGGGGUGGGUGUUGAACCCCAACCCAGGCAGUGACUGACACCCCUGAGUCACAGUGUAAAUGCUUUAUCAUUGGUAAGGGCUUGGUUGCAAUCUAGUUCUUGCUGCUGUGAUUUAAAAAAAAAUAAAUAACUAUUCUUACUGACGUGUAUCUAGUCCUUUUGACAGCAUUGUGUUGUGAUGGAUAAAUGGAGUUUUUGGGUUGGAUCAGACAAUAGUGCCAGACAGUAUUUGACACUGUACAGAUGACUUACACUACACUGCCAGGGUAGCUCAGCCACCAUUUUCCCAGAGGUGCAGUAGUGGAGAGAGGUUGGUGUUCGUAGGUAAAUUCCUUUGAAUUUCAAGUAGGGCAUUCAUGUAGGUUCAGUUCUGGACCAGUCAUUCCCACUUAUAUGUAGUAAAUGCUUUUCUUGUAGAAUCUCUUCUUACAGAGCAAUAUAACUUGUAUUUUAAAAACCUUUCUGAUGAUAGAAAUUUGCUUUCUUUUUCUUUUAUAGAGUAGAAUGUUCAAGCAUAUCCUCAUUUUCCCAUUAUUUCUGACCCAGUAAGUUAUGCUUUCUGAGCUUUUAGUCUAUUAACUAGGUGUAAAAAUCAUGUGAAGCAGCUUUAGACAUUUUAGUAAUUUUUAUAUUUUAAACCUCUUGUAAACGACAAACCUUCUCAAGUGUCACUAUUUGCAAGAUCCCCCCCAGUGUAACAUGACUAAUGCAGCCAAGUGUUCUCUGUCACUCCGUGUGCAGCAUAGAUUGUAACGGUAACGGGUCUGUGAGGUUCUGUAAUUAGUGCUAAUGUUCUGUACCUUCGAAACUGGCAGGAAUACGAUGUUGAACUACACCCUUUCAACCACUAAAGCAAAAUUUAAAAGUUGCAAAAUUGUGAAGUUUUUACAUUGAUCUUUUGCUAAUGCGAUUAGCAGAAUGUUUUGCAUGUAAGAAUUAAUAAAUCCUUCAAUCACA